CCAUGAUCCACAUCAGGUUGACCCUCCUCGUCAUCCUCUCACACGUCUACAACCUGUUGAUGGCCGGGAGCAUGGACCUGCGAGCAUGUUAAACUCAACGGACCCGCGAAGCUUCAUCAGACUGUACGUGCACCGGUCCUGGACAGAGUGCACCCCGCCGUGGAAACGGAUGACAGUGGAUUCAGUGACGGUGCACACGAUGUGGGCCGGGCGGCACCUGAUGGAGAGGAGGAGGACACUCUGUGUCUGACGUGGGACCACUUUACACAUGAAGACACGGUGAGACAACAAUGCACCUGCGCCAGUCGGGGCUUAUAAAUUACAGAGUCGUCUUUGUAACUGACAGAGUGUAGAGGUGCUGACUGCCAUCCGGGUCGCUGAAUCAUCACAACAACAAACGCAGCACUGAAAAAAUGUUCAGCGGCGCUUCAGACUGCCACCCGUCAGGCUACGACCUGCCUCCCAAUCCGGAGGACAAGGUGUCUCACGGAGGAGGCGGCCAUUGGAAUAACCGCCAUGGUGAUGAGCAGCACGGAGGAGGCAGCCAUGGUGAUGAGCAACACGGAGGAGGCCGCCAUGGAAAUGACCGCCAUGGUGAUGAGCAACACGGAGGAGGCCGUCAUGGUGAUGAGCAACACGGAGGAGGCUGCCAUGGUGAUGAGCAACACGGAGGAGGCCGCCAUGGUGAUGAGCAACAGGGAGGAGGCCGCCAUGGAAAUGACCGCCAUGGUGAUGAGCAACACGGAGGAGGCCGCCAUGGAAGUAACCGCCAUGGUGAUGAGCAACACGGAGGAGGCCGCCAUGGCGAUGAGCAACACGGAGGAGGCCGCCAUGGAAAUGACCGCCAUGGUGAUGAGCAACACGGAGGAGGCCGCCAUGGUGAUGAGCAACACGGAGGAGGCCGCCACGGACACGAUGGAGACGGCCAUCGUCAUCGUCGUGGGAGUGGUGGCGGGAGCCCCGGCGGGAGCCCCGGCGGCAGCAGUGAUAGCGGCAGCGAUGAUGAGCACGGCGGCCAUGGAAAACACGGGCGCAAACACGGGAAGGGGCACGGGAGGGGCCGUGGGCGUGGGAAAGGCAAAUGGUAGAAAGGCACCGACCAGGGCACACUACUACAUGCCUCCGUACCCUCCCUAUGAGAGAAGCAUUCAAAUAUGUUUUGCUAUUGUCUUUUGCCAUUUUCACAAUCAACCCAUUGUCAGCGCUGUGUGUUCUGCUUCCGCACCGGAGCUGCAGCUUUGAAAGUUGAAAGUCGACCAAACUACCCAACAUGGCUGGAGGAAUCCAAACCGCAUAAAAACAAUGUCGGCGAUUAACUGUGCUGCAAAACUGAAAUUAAAUGCAAUAAAACCAGUUACUCUUGUUUCA